AUUAUCACUGAUGAACAUAUUUCUAAAAAUGCAGUUCAGAAAAAUGCAAAGCGGGAGGGCUCUGGCCUUGAGCAGUCAGAGACCAGAGACAGAAAUCAACAACUUCAGUGGGUGGGGAGGGCAGCAGGAGAAGGUGACCUGCAGACGCCCAGAGGGGCCACCAAUGAGGGAGCUGCCCGCCCCCUGAGCCGCCUUGGGGACUAGGGUGCCAGCAUAAAGGGCAGCCUUGCCUUGUCUGAACAGCCGGCUCUCUGAGGGUCACUAGCGCCAAGGCGUGGCUGUUGGAGUGUUGCCUUCCUUUUUAAAGAUAGCUUGAAAAAAAGCACUGUAGAUCUCCCCCAUGACAAUGUCUUCCAUUAAGAUCGAGUGUGUUCUGCGGGAGAACUGCCGGUGCGGUGAGUCUCCAGUGUGGGAGGAAGCGUCCAACUCGCUGCUCUUCGUAGACAUUCCUGCAAAAAAGGUUUGCCGGUGGGACCCACUCAGCAAGCGAGUGCAGCGAGUGACCGUGGAUGCCCCAGUUAGCUCUGUGGCCCUCCGCCAGUCGGGAGGCUAUGUCGCCACGAUUGGAACGAAUUUCUGUGCUUUGAACUGGGAAGAUCAGUCAGCAGUUGUCCUGGCCACAGUAGAGAAAGACAAGAAAAACAAUCGAUUCAAUGAUGGGAAGGUGGAUCCCGCUGGGAGAUACUUUGCUGGCACCAUGGCUGAGGAAACAGCACCGGCAGUUCUGGAGCGGCACCAAGGGUCUCUGUAUUCCCUCUUUCCUGACCACCACGUGGAAAAGUACUUUGACCAGGUGGACAUCUCCAAUGGUUUGGAUUGGUCCCUGGACCACAAAAUCUUCUAUUACAUUGACAGCCUGUCCUACUCUGUGGAUGCCUUUGACUAUGACCUGCAGACAGGAAGGAUCUCUAACCGCAGAAGUAUUUAUAAGCUGGAGAAAGAAGAACAAAUCCCAGACGGAAUGUGUAUUGACGCUGAGGGGAAGCUCUGGGUGGCCUGUUACAAUGGAGGAAGAGUGAUUCGUUUAGAUCCUGAGACAGGGAAAAGACUCCAAACUGUGAAGUUGCCUGUUGAUAAGACGACCUCAUGCUGCUUCGGAGGGAAGGAUUACUCUGAAAUGUAUGUGACCUGUGCCCGGGAUGGACUGGACCCUGAGAGUCUUUUGCGGCAGCCUGAAGCUGGUGGAAUUUUCAAGAUAACUGGACUGGGGGUCAAAGGAAUUCCUCCCUAUCCCUAUGCAGGAUGAGUGACAGGCCUUCUUUCCUACUGGAGGAAACUUUGAGGACAACUAGAAAAUUCUGGAGCUCAAAUUUCAAUCUAGUUACAAAAACAUGAAGCAAUAAUAUUAUUAACAGGGUUAAAUUUUUAUUUACAAUUUUUGAAGGUAGAGGAUUUUUAACAAAUGGGGUGACAGGUGCUUUUGAUAAACACUAUAAGACCUUCUGCAAAUGUACUAUAGAAAUGUAAAGAAUUGUUCAACUGACAACCAGCCUCUUGAUUCUUUGCAAAUUGCUGGUGGAGGUAGGGGAGAGGGAAGGGACCAUAUCUUUUCUUUAUUCUGCAUCUCAUACUUAUUAUACCCAAAGCUUAAAAAAACUAAUAAAUAUUAAUCUGCUAAUGACUUA